AUGUCUGCCGUCCCAAGUGUUCAAACUUUUGGUAAGAAGAAGUCUGCUACUGCCGUCGCCCAUGUCAAGGCCGGUAAGGGUUUAAUCAAGGUUAACGGUUCUCCAAUCACUUUAGUUGAACCAGAAAUCUUAAGAUUCAAGGUUUACGAACCAUUAUUAUUGGUUGGUUUAGACAAAUUUGCCAACAUCGACAUCAGAGUUAGAGUUACCGGUGGUGGUCACGUCUCUCAAGUUUAUGCUAUUAGACAAGCCAUUGCCAAGGGUUUAGUCGCUUACCACCAAAAAUACGUCGAUGAACAAUCCAAGAAUGAAUUGAAGAAAGCCUUCACUUCUUACGACAGAACCUUAUUAAUUGCUGAUGCUAGAAGACCAGAACCAAAGAAAUUCGGUGGUAGAGGUGCUAGAGCUAGAUUCCAAAAAUCCUACCACAAUAUUCCAUUAGAACCAUCACAACUUCCAACUAGUAAUGUUUUUUUAAAUACAAGUAAUUCUAUUAAUGACUCUGAUUUGUUUCAGUCUUUGAAAGCGGGCGAAUCAUUAAUCAAACAAUUGCUUGAAAACAAUCGGCUGUUAUCAAGUGUUAACAGGACCGAUGAUUCUAAACAAGACAGUAGCCUUAAUACACCACAAAAUAGCCAGAGCCAUGAAUCUUUAGAUGAAAAUAAUUUGGAUAAAAUUGAUGAAAGAGAGAUAUUUAAUACGAUACAUUCUCUAGUAACAUCUUUAAGAGCAGCAAUAAUACAAACACAACAACUAAAAUAUAAAUCCAUGAUCCAAAACACUAUGAAUAGUGAAGAGAUACAAUCUAGGAUUAAUGUCGAGAAAAACUUACAAAAACAAGAAUUUGAAAGGAUUAAAGGUCAACUACUGAUUGAGAAAAAUUCAUUGUUAAAUAAGGUUACAAAUAACGAAAAAAAGAUUAGGAAAUACAAGAAAAGAAUCAUGGAAAAAAAUUUAGAGAUCAAUAGAUUAGCCAAAUUAUUAAAUGAAAAUAUAACCGAUAUAACAUAUCAAGAUGUUUCGUCUUUAGACAAUUCUAAUUUUACGGUAUCUUCUUCUUUAAAACAAACAACGAUACCAUCAACGGAAGAAUCACUUACUAUAAAACGCAACACCAAUUCAAAGGAUACAUCAAACAUGUUGAGAACACUAGGUGCAUUGGCUACACACGUUUUAAAAACAAAUGGAGAUAAUGAAGAAACAUCUGCCAAUAGAACAUUACUAUUGCAGCAUAGUAAAGUAGAAGAUGAAAAUAACACAGAGAUAGAGAUAUCGUUUCAAAACAAUAAUUAUAAUAACCAUGUGAAUAAUGAUACCAGUGAUCAUGUUAUAGAAUGUAGCAAUAUUUUAGAUAACCACUUAACUACUUCCACUUCAACUCCUACCACAAAAUUAAAUCAUAAUACGUAUAUUGAAAAUAAAAGAAAUCUAUUAAAUAAAAAAAUAAGCAUACCUACAGUUCAAAUAAAUGAAUCAAGAAAACAUGAUAUACCAAAGUUAAUACCUUUACCUAAAAUGAGUAGUUUCCAUACGAUAAAUGGCUCAACCAAUAAUUAA